AUGUUGCAGCAAACGGAACUAGCACAAACCGCUAGCGCGCCAAAUAUAUUCCAGCAAAACUGUAUUGCUGAAUUUUCGCCUCAAAAAGAGCAAUGGACUUUGUGGAAUAAGAGAUUGGAAAUUUAUUUUGCCGAAAUUAAUUGUACGAAUGAGAACAUAAAAAAAGCUUCUUUAUUAAAAAAUAUCGGAUCAGCUUCAGAUGAACUAUUACAUAACUUAUGCAGUCCAGCAUCACCUAUAUCGAAAACAUAUAAAGAGUUGUGUGCAAUCUUAAAAACACAAUAUACACCACCAACUAUAAUUUUUAGAGAACGUAAAAUCUUUCAUAGUGCAGUGCAGUCAGAAAUAGAAACGGUAUCAGAGUGGUAUGCAAGAGUAAAAAAGUUAGCGUUAACAUGUAAGUUUGGAGAGAACUUAUCAGCUUUUAUUCUGGAUCGGUUCAUCAUGGGCAUAAAAAACAAAAUUUUUGAAAGACUAUGUGAGGAAGAUGAGAAUCUCACAAUUGAACAGGCACUCAGAAAAGCACUUAUUAUAGAGCUUAGGCUCAGUGAGCAAAAAAGUUAUGGAGAAAAUGUUAAUUACAUAAAUAAUAAUAAUGAUGUAAAACCUAAGUACAACAAAACAAAUGGGAGUUACAAAAAUAUCCCUAACAAGAAUAUUCCUAACAAAGUGCAAAACAAUAAAUCAACUAAAACUUUUCAACCGUGUGCACAUUGUGGUUGGCGAAACCAUGUUUCGAAUGAAUGCUAUUAUAAGUCAUGUAAAUGUCAUCAGUGUGGAAGAAUUGGACAUCUAUCUUCGAUUUGUAAAAAAAAUACUAAAGUUGUAAAUAAAGUAUCUAGUAUAAAAGUUAAAGAUCAUAUUGAUAAUAGGUUUUGUAUUUACAGCAUUAAUCAGAAAGGUGAGGAUUCAACAGAAUUGUACUCGGUGACGAUUAAUUUUAAUGGAAUUUCGAUGGAUGUUGUCUGCGACUCAGGUGCUCCAUGUAGUUUAAUACCCAAAUAUAUAUUAAACAGGUGCAACAAAACAGUAAGUCUUAAAAAUUGUAUUGAUCCGUAUGUUGAUUACAAUGGUAAUCAUAUUAAAGUACUAGGUGAAUAUUUCGAAAAUAUUGAGUAUAAUGGUAUAAAUAAGAAAAUUAAGUUAGUAGUUACUAACAAUAAUAGUUCUCCUUUGUUAGGCAGGAAUUUUUUAAGAGCCUUUGGGUUUGAACUUAUUCAAGUAAAUUCUAUUAAUUGUUCUAGUCAAUAUGCUAUUUUUAUUGAACAAAUUAAAAAUGAAUUUAUUGAGAUUUUUGAUGGUGAUAUAGGUACAUAUAAACUAGCCAGAAUUUCUUUACCAAUGGAAAAAGAUUUCAAACCAGUUUUUUUUAAACCACGACCAGUCCCAUUAGCAUGGAAAAGUAAAAUUGAAAGUAAUUUAAGAGAGUUAAUUGCUAAAGAUAUUUUAGAACCAAUAAAUAAUGCAGAAUGGGGUACACCUUUAGUUCCCAUCUUAAAACCGAAUGGUGAUAUUAGAAUAUGUGGCGAUUAUAAAGUCACGAUCAAUAAACAUCUAUCAGAUUUUAAAUACCCGUUACCCCGCAUUGAUGAAAUUUUUGCAUCACUUCAAGGGGGUGAACUGUUUUCGAAACUUGAUUUGUUAAAUGCGUACAAUCAACUUGUACUUGAUGAUAAAUCUCAGCUCUUAUGUACGUGGUCAACACAUAUUGGUACUCUAAAAAUGAAACAUUUACCUUUUGAAUUUGUUUGGUCUGAACAAUGUGAUAAAACGUAUGAAAUGAUAAAAAAGGAUAUAACUUCGGAUAAAGUGUUAGUACACUUUAAUCCUAAAUUGCCAAUUGUCCUUACAACAGAUGCUUCUAAUAAAGCUGUAGCUGGCAUAUUAUCGCAUAAGUUUUCUGAAGAUAAAAUAAAACCAAUUGCAUUUGUGUCUAGAGCUUUAUCUAAAGCUGAACAAAAUUAUAGCACACUAGAAAAAGAAGCAUUAGCCAUAAUAUUUUGUGUAAGUUUACCAAUUAUGGCAGCUGCACGCAUGCAAAGAUGGGCAUUCAUACUAUCUGGUUUUAAUUAUAAAAUUGAGUAUGUCAAGGGACACACUAAUGAUGCGGAUAAUUUAUCACGCAUACCUCAAGCAAUACAUCGCGAUCAGGAUGAGGGAAGCUCAUUCAUAAAUUAUAUUCAAAGUGAAAAUAUUUUAAGCAUUGACUUUAAGGAUAUAGCUCGCGAAACAAGACGCGAUCCAAUACUCUCUAAAGUAUGUGAUGCUGUAAGAAAAGGAAUAGUCAAAACUUUAAAAGAUGAAAAAUUUACGGCUUUUACAAGCAAAGAUACAGAAUUAACAGUAGACCAAGAUUGCUUACUUUGGGGGUAUCGAGUUAUAAUUCCAUUGAAGCUUAGGACAUCCAUUUUACAAUCACUACAUGAAUCUCACUUAGGCAUAGUCAAGACCAAAUCACUAGCAAGAUCCUUUGUAUGGUGGCCAAAACUUGAUAGGGACAUAGAAAAUUUAAUUAAAUCAUGUCUUCCUUGCCAAAAACUAUUGCCAAGUCCGGAGAAAAGUAAACUGAUUCCAUGGACGGUAACGAAUACUGUCUGGCAAAGAAUUCAUAUUGACUUUGCGGGUCCAAUUAAGAACUAUCAUCUUUUUGUCAUAAUUGACUCUUUUUCAAAAUGGGUCGAAGUUUUCAAAACAAAAGAUAUCACAUCUAAUUUUGUAAUCACUAAGUUAAGAGAAACUUUUUCACGUUUUGGUAUUGCUGAAACUUUACUUAGUGAUAAUGGCAGACAAUUUGUCUCCGAAGAGUUUAAAAAUUUUGUUAAUAACAACAAAAUUAAUCACAUUUUGACUGCUCCUGGUCAUCCAUCAACUAAUGGCCAAGCAGAAAAUUUUAUUAAAAGUUUAAAAAAAUCUCUCUAUGCCACUUUAAAUGAUGAAUCCCCGGCACAAAUUUUCCUGGGAAUAUCAAUAAGAACCAGAUUUGAUCUUAUAAAACCUCCUCUUGUUAGGGAUAGAAUUAUUCAAAAACAAAGAAAGAGUGUUUCAAAUUAUAGAGGGAAGAGAAAUGAACAAUUUGAGAUAGGUCAAAAUGUAUAUGUACGUGACUAUUCGAACGUAAAUAAAAAAUCGUGGAUUCCUGCAAUAAUCAAAGACAAACUGGGCCCACGUUUAUAUUGUUGCAUUAUGUCUAACAACAGAGUCAUUAAGAGACAUCUGGAUCAAAUAAAAUCAGGGCCAGGAGAAAGUCUGGUCGCACACAACAGUUCAGUAGAUGUUCAAGAUGUUUGGAGUUAUAGUCCAUCAUGUUCAAAUAUAGACACUCUGAGUACAAACGUUGAGCCUUCACAAUAUGAUAAAGAAAUACAAGCAUUAGGUUUAAGUAACAAGGAUUAUAGUGUAGAUAUACAAAAUGUUAAAACUGAUUUAUCUGAUGAAAAUGUAAUUGAUGAAAAUGUAGUAUCUGAUGAAAAUGUAAACAAAACUAAAAAAAUAAAUAGUAGUCAAGAUAUAUGUAUGAGGGAAACUAGAUCUAAAUCUAAACAAAAGAAUAAAAAUUGA